UGUAACAAUCCCGUAAACCGGAUGCGGCUUUCUUACAAUAGCUGCAUCUUAAUUAAACAUAAUUCAACCUAAUGUAGGCUACUCUAUGCGGUGACAUGGGCUUCAGAUAGCCAUAGUGAAUAGGCUUCAUAGCCUUGAAAAAAUAUAUAGCCUACUAUUUUUCUUUUUUAUCCAACCCCAUCAGUUUUCUGUUACCAGCGUAACUUGAUGAAGUUAUUCCUAUCUGGGCCGUUAUCGCGUAAAAAGAUAUUUGUCGCCUUGGGGUGUCAUUCUACUCCCGGUUUUAAGGAAAUGUGGGGCUGUGGAAACGUGUUACUCAGCGCACGCUACCUGCCUCGCUGUUGUUAACCCAGUCCAGUAGGCUGUUUUCAUCUUGUUGUAUAGUCCUGCAUUCUCCUGUGUUACAGUUUACAGCAGGGGUUAUGUCUACAUUAGGUUUUAAAUGCACAAUUAACCUGUUUCCUUAUAGCUACUGCGCCAACCAUUUAAACACGCAUCCUAUCACCCAGUAGUUUUUUAAUCAUAAUAUUACAGAUUUUAUUUUGUUGUUUUGGGGAUGGGGUGGGAUUUGACCCUGGGUUGUUUAUAAAACGCAUAUCAUACUGGGAGUUUUUUGGUCUUAAUUCUGUACAACAGGUUCCUGAAGGGCCGAACAGAGAGAUGCGGAGAGAGAACGGGGUUGGAGCACGAGGGCGGCGAACCAGAAGACCUCAUUUGGGGUUUCACCAAAGCUACUCACACACUGAGCGGGAGCCGUCCAGUCGUCACAGACUUUGAGCUUCCGCCUCGCAACGCGUCCUGUUGGUGCGCGGAGGAGAGCGAGAGAGAGGGAGAGAGAGAGAGAGAGAGAGAGAGAGAGAGAGAGAGAGAGAGGGAGGGGGAUAGAGAGAAGAGAGAGCGGAGGGAGGCAGGAAAGGAAGAAGGAGGUUACGGACCUGCUCCACUGGAACACAUCUACACGGUUUUGUGCUGUCAGAGGGGUAUGCUUAACGUAUAACGUUCCUCGAGUCUAAAAUGUGCAAUAUCGCAACAUAGAGCUUCCUGGAGCUUCCUAGCAAGAACCUUCAACAAGCAUUCGCGCGUGCCGUUUCGCUUUAUUGCACGCUCUCGUAAAUCUGGACUCGCUCUGGAGAAAAAGGGGCAACCCAUGGAGACACUGGAUAGCUUUGUCAGGCGACGGGUUGGGAUUAUACAUUGAAUUGUAAGGAAACUCGUUAAACCAUCGAACGUUUAAAGAAGAAACGAGCAAAACGGUCCAACCGCAACUCUGAAAGUGACGUUAUUGUUUACAAGUUGGGGCCUUGGCCUCCGAAGCUCCAGACAUGGCGGAGCAAGAGCAAACAUUUGGGCUCCCAAGUUCGCCCAGCAAUUCGGAUUCAAAGGAAUUAAACACGGAGACUAAAGCGGAAAAACAAAAUGGAACUUCGACCAAAUCUCCGUCCUCCCAGACAACUUAUAUUCAACAGGGGAUGGAAGGUAUCAAAGUGUACCUGCACGAGAGGGAUCUGUGGGCGAAGUUCCACGAGGUGGGGACGGAGAUGAUCAUUACCAAAGCUGGAAGGCGAAUGUUUCCCAGCUUUAAAGUGAAGGUUACGGGACUGAACCCUAAAACUAAAUACAUCCUGCUCAUGGACGUGGUGCCAGCUGAUGACCAUCGCUACAAAUUCGCAGAUAAUAAAUGGUCCGUGACGGGGAAAGCCGAGCCCGCCAUGCCCGGGAGGCUGUACGUUCACCCGGACUCUCCCGCCACCGGCGCGCAUUGGAUGAGGCAGCUAGUCUCGUUCCAGAAAUUGAAAUUGACGAACAACCACCUGGAUCCGUUUGGACACAUUAUCCUGAACUCGAUGCAUAAAUACCAGCCCCGGAUUCACAUCGUUAAAGCGGAUGAAAACAACGGGUUUGGAUCUAAAAACACCGCGUUCUGCACCCACGUCUUCCCCGAGACAGCCUUCAUCGCAGUCACGUCCUAUCAGAAUCACAAGAUAACACAGCUGAAGAUUGAGAACAACCCGUUUGCCAAAGGCUUCCGUGGAAGUGAUGACAUGGAGCUGCACAGGAUGUCUAGAAUGCAAAGCAGCAAGGAGUACCCGGUGGUUCCCCGCAGCACUGUGCGCCAGCGUGUGGGUCCCAGCCAGAGCCCCUUCAGCGGGGAGGCGCAGGGCCUGCCCCCCUCCCUGGGCUCCCAGUACUCCCAGUGUGAGAACGGGGUCACCAGCACCUCCCAGGACCUGCUGCCCCAGGCCAGCUCCUACCCCCAGGAGCACAGCCAGGACUACCACUGCAUCAAGAGGAAAGCAGUGGAGGAUGACUGCCACUCAGGUGAGCACAGCUACAAGAAGGCCUACCUGGAGAGCUCCUCCAGCGAGGAUGACCAUUACUACCGGCCCAUCAGUUACCCCCAGACCCUGGGGCUCCCCGGCGCUCCCUACAGGAGCGAGGCGGGGCCACGGCAGGCCUGCAUGUACGCCAGCUCCACCCAGGGCUCGGAGCUCGUCCCCAGUCUGGAAGACAUCAGCUGCAACACCUGGCCGUCCGUCUCGCCCUAUGGGGGCUGCUCGGUCGCCACCAUGCAGCCAAUGGAGCGCCUUCCGUACCAGCACUUCUCCGCCCACUUCACCUCCGGACCCCUGGUGUCCAGACUGGGCGGGGUCACAGGCCACGCCUCCCCGCAGCUGAGUGACGCCCACCACGCCAUGUACCAGGGUUCCAUGUCCCAUCAGGCCUUGGGGCGGCAGUGCAGUCCUGGGGGCGCGAUCCAGACGCCCCCCGGCGCCGGUCUCCAGGGCAACGAGUACCUGUACUCGCACGGCCUACCUCGCACGCUGUCCCCGCACCAGCAGUACCACACCGUGCAUAGCGUCAGCCUGAUGCCUGACUGGAGCGAGAACAGCUAGAGGCUCUCGGAGACGUGGGACCAGGAACGGCACAGAGGGUCAUUCUAUAUUUAUAUUUUCGGAAGCUAUUCUUGGUGGGUCGAGUGAGAUUAGUGGCUGGGACUGAAACUCACAGUUGUGGAUGUUGUGGCGCUCUGGAGGCAGGGACGUGUGCGGAGAGGUUGUUGCUGGACAGGAUGAAUCCUCCUCUGGACCCAGCAGCAGCUUCCUCUACAGACACUCAAACUAUCCUGUUUUAAUAGAUGAGAAUUUUGUAUCACAACGUUCAAAAGCAUAUUAUGUUUUCUUUCUUUUUUUGUCUGUGAUAGUAGAAAGUUCCCACCCUUAUUCUGUAGGUUGUAUGUCUUAGAUUUUGUGUAAAAAAUAAUAAUAAAAAAAUAGAUUAUAUCGUUUGAGGCCUGUUAUACCAACCUGGAAGUUUCAUAUUUGAGGCCUUCACCUUCUCGGGAAGAUAACAUCUUCUUAUUUCAUACUGCACCACAAAACUGAGUUUUAAACUCCUGGCAGAUUCGUUUUUUAAAUUGCAGAAUGUAAAGCCAGUUAUCUGUCUGCCUUGUAGAGUUAAAACAAGAGAAUGAUAAUAGACGGAUCUGGGAUUCAAACCCAGGCCUAAGCCAGGCCAAAGCCAUACAGCUGUAGGGCUAGAUCAUAGGCCAAACCUGGGCCAAUCCUGGGACACACUCAGGCCACACCCAGGUCAGAUUCAGGCCAGGCCACACCCAGGCUAAAUGUGGGCCAGAUGGUCAGGAAGGUGAGAGAGGUGGUGUAGCCACACCAGGCCAGUUCUCCUGGCGACGCAGCCCUCCCAGGGACACCCCACCAGCCUGGACAGGGAAAGGAAGCAGUAUUUGCAUAUCUUUACUUUGUUUUUGUUUCGAAUAUCAUUUUUUAAAUUGUGUAUUUUACGUGUUUUACCCAGUAAAUGUGUGUUGUUUCACAAUCAUUUCAUUUCUUCACAGAUUUAGGCACUUGUCCCACAGCCUCGGUCCAGCGGAAUCAGAAACGUUCAGAUUUAUCAUCUUAGAUAACACUGCAUAGAAUGCACAAGGGGAGUGAAAAAUAAUUUACCAUUUACAAAUAACACAGAAGUCAGAAUGUUCAUAACUGAGACAUGGAAUAAAUAAAGAACAAUUCAGUCCAAUGCCAGUCAGCCAGUUCUGCCUCUCAAGAUCAAUGUUCUAUAAAAAAAAUUGAUAUGCUUGUAGAUUGAUAGUGUUGCUUGUCGAUAGUAUUUAUUUCUUUCCGCUUUUGUGAAUGAAACAUGUUGCUGUUGUAUCGAAGAUGCAAACAAGUUAGUUUGUCUUGCUUCCUUUGUUAUGUCUACUUUUGGUUAUUUUGUUUUUAUAGGCGCAAUUUCUAAAUAAAAAAAUCAUACUGCUUUAGAUAUCAAGAACAUUAAUAUACAUAUGUGAAAAGUAUUAAGAAGAGAGAAAUAGGUUGCUGUUGUAAAUAAACUCACAUGUAUAGACUACAGAAAACUGCAAUAAAUGUAAAAGAGCAUUCUG